CCUUUCUUGAUAAACAAUGAGAACAUUUUUAUCGGUGUUAUCGCAAUCAAAGGUAAUGAUGAGCAAUCUAUACCUGGUAGUUUAAGAAACAAAAUAGUUUGUAGAGUGUGAAAAUGACAGGGUUGUGUUAAGUCUCAGACCUGUGCAGGUUUGAAUGUAUUAAUGUCAUAGUCUUUGAUUAAAAAAGCUAUGACAGCCACAAAUCUAUAGACCAUCCACUGUGGAUUUUUAAGGAGUUUGAAUGUUAUGGGUAGAAAGGAUUUAUAGAAUUAACUGAAACAUUCUGUGCAUGAGGAAAAACCAUGUAACUUAACCGUCCUAUAACCAUUUGGCCAUAAGCUGCAGACUUAGAUCUACAACUUGACGUAGAGGAAGAUGGCUGCCCCGUGUUGGACACUUCAGCUAACCUCCAUAACUUCCAGUCAACUGGUGGACAUAAACUUAGGAUGCAACGGCACAAAAUCCCCCUGUGCAUAUCAUCCUAAUCACUAGGUCUGUAUUUCUUCAUGAAUUCCACUAUUGCUUAAUCAGUACUCUUUAUAUGAUUCAUAAGUGGAAAGAUAUUGAAAUGUACUUUCAUUUCAAGAGUGGUUUUAACCUUCUCAGUAUUACUCAAAUCGCUCUCUUGCCAACGUCAAUAUAUGGCAGCGAAUGUGUUGAAGACAUUACAUGUGAUUUUGACAGUUGGGUAAGUGAGCUCUGAGAUCACUUUGAGGUUGGUAUUUUUGCUAUGAAUAUUUGUAGAGUCGUUCUAAAGCAUGGCGUUAGCUUUAAGGUUAACUUUGGGCAGGGUAAUGAUCCUAAAACACACAAGCAAUAAAAUGCUAUAGAAUGGCCCAGUCAAAUUCUAGAUUUUAAUCCAUGUGAGAUUAGGUGUCAAAUCUUGAAAAUUGAUGAUCAAAGACACCUUUCAUCCAAUGUCACUGAGCUGGACUUAUUUUUUGAAAAGAACGAUGGUCCAAAAAUGUGUCUUACUCUCUAGACGUGCAAAGUUGGUAGAGACAUUCCCAAAGAAAAUGCAGCAGCUGUAACUGGAGCAAAAGGUGAAUCUGCAAAGAGCUGGCUCACGGUGGCUUCAACAGACAUGCACGUUACGCAUUUCUGCUUUUUACUUGUACAAAAAGAUGCAAAAACAUGAACCACUUCACACACACACACAAAAAAAAAUCUUUACUUUGGUCUAUUAGGUGAUCUUCAUUAAACUUUGUGGUUGAAACGUGGCAAAAUGCGAAGGGUUUGUUUAAUACAUUGCUCCAUGUUCCAUCACAGAAGUGAAUCUAACCAGAUUUUAUUCUUAAUAUGCCGUCCGUUGCCCUGACUCAUCUGUUAUUGACUGUUUUAAUACCAGCCAGAAGAUCGUCUUCUCAUACGAGAAGCCGUAAGUUUAAACAUUUUAAUGUUUUUUUUAAAAUGUUUAAAUUUAAACAUUUAAGCAUGUUUAAAUGUUUCACCUCUGCGUUUUGCUAUGCGUUUUUGUGCGCGUUCUGUGACAAUUUUUUUUUAUUUCCCUCCACUCAAUUUCAGUCACAGGUGUUUCGCUUGAACGCCAGAGGGCGACGGUGAACCGCCUAUUCAUCCAGUAUACUAUUUAAACCCAGAAAACUGCGUCACACAAUGGGGGCGGAGUGACCUCAAUGCAAUUUAUAUACAGAGAACUGAGAGCGUUUCUCCCUGUAGCUUCACGGAUAGCGAAGGAAACAUCUCAGCAACAAAGGGCAGGCUGGAGUUUGUUUACCUCACACGGUGGAGUUUCCACACGGACUAUUCAACCACUUUUCAACCGCUGCUCCCGUCCGACUCUGGAAUAUACUCGCUUGUUGACGUCGUCGUCUUUCCCCUCCACCUUUUAUUUCUUUUUCGGGAUUUAUUGUCGCCACUUUGGACUAGUGGACCAGCAUUAGAAGUCCCACAAACUGCUUUCCCACUGUUUUUGAAGUUAGGGCCAAUGUGUCAACGCAUGUCAGUCACAAGACUGACAUGCACUCUUUAAGACCGCCAAAUCUGCUCGAUGGCUCGACCGAAGUAACGCCAGCAGAGGGGACCGGCGGAGACCCAGCAUCCUCAGCGCGAACACCACGUUCCUCGAAGCACACAGAGCGGAGCCGCGCGCCGCAGGCGGGCGCCUCCACAGCCGGGGGAGGAGGAGGAGGAGAGGGAGGAGGACGAAGAGGGGAGCCGGACUCGGACUCGCCGCCUUGCUCCGUGAGCCCGGCCAGUUUAGACGUCUUUCGAAGCAGGUCGAUAUUUCGCCCUCCCCGCCGCUCGUCCAGCGGAUACUUCUCCUUUGACUGCGACUCGCUGCCGAGCUCCCCGCUCUCUCCGCACCCAGUGACGGCUGACAAAGCCACGCAGACCCCCAGCCUCACCGGCCAGGUGAUGAACCACGCCCUGCAGCGAAUGGCUGUGGAGCACGGUGGACUCGGCCUGCACGGGCAGUCUCCCAACCACUAUAGCACUAUUAACGCGGCACGGGAUAUGCAGUCAGAAACCUAUGGUCGUCAACUCCGUGCUAUUGGAGAUGAGUACAACAACCUCCUGAUGGGAAGGAGGAUGGCGAGAGGACACCAACGGAAUAUAGUCCCUCUAAACCUGAUGCCGCACAUCCAGCAAGAGCCUGUUGCCAUGCUUUGUGUCUGCCUUCUGCUCCUCCUGGUCGGACGAAUAAUGUACAUGCAAGGCAACACAAGCAGCCAUGACCACUCUCAGGUUUAGCCUUAGGAAAACCCAGCAGACGUAGCAUUCUUCUUGAGUAUGUUUUGAACAUAUAUCAAAUCUUGACUCUUUUAAAUAUAUAUGAUUUAAUAUGCCUGUUCCUUCCCCCUUUGAACUCUUCUCUUUUAGGAAGGAACUCUAAAAUGUUUGAUUUUCCCUCAUGGCCUCCGAGUCUCCAUCAUUUUACCAAAGAGGCAAGAUUUGCACUCCGUUUCUUGAACAGAGACAGUCAUUUGACCUGAAAAAAUAUGCCUGUGGAAAUUCAAACGUGCCUUGUACAGUUUGUUGUUUACUUUAUUAAGAUUGAUUUAAGUUGUGUUUUGUUUUUACUAUUGUACAGAGAUUAUGUGCUUCCUGAGCGACCACGGUCUGUGACCCAGAUUUGUUCAAGUUUAUGGGUCUAAAAUGAUUUUCUCUUAUUUUCCGCCUGUCAUGCCUUCAAAAUAUAAGUGCAUUUACAUUGUCAUUAUCUGUGUUCCCAAACUACGAUCAUUUUAAGGUUUUAUUUCCACAAAAUAUGUUGUUCAAUAUCAUCCUUUAAAGCUGAUGUAAACAAAACUGCAUUUUUAUCCAGAAAGAAGAAAUAUAUUGUGAUUGUCUCAUAACAUUGACUUUAAACGCGAUGAAAAGUGUUUUGCUGGUUGAUCCGGACGGCUGUAAACCUUCUUAGAACUGUCAUGCUGUUCAAAUGAUUUGGAAAUGGGAUUAUGAGAUGCAGCAAUACGACGCCGUAUUAUGACGUUUGUAGAUAGAGUAAAAUUAAGUAAAUUUUUGCCAAAAAAAUCUUCAAAUGUUUCUACAAAAAAAAAAACAAGAACA